AUGUUAGAUAUUUUUGUUGUUAAAAAUAAAGAUCUUUCUCCUUUAUACUUACAAGAUGAUGACUGGCUAGUAGUUAAUAAUAUGAUUAAGUUACUUAAACCAAUUUUUAUAGCAACUAAAAUCUUAUCAACCUCAACAUAUUCUACUAUAAGUGAUUGUAUGAUAGCAGAAUCAAUUAACUUUAAACUUCAAGAAUAUUGGAAAUACAUCAAUGAUUCAACAACAAUUGAAUUAUAUAAGAACAAUACUGAUACACAAUCUAUUAAUAAUUUACAGACAAGAAAAAAUAAGCAAACAUAUUUUGAAUCUUUAAUUUCAGAGCAAGAUUCUGUACAAGUACCUGUUGAGGAUGAAAUUGUUCAAUAUCUUGCUUUACCAGUUGAUUCUACUACAAAUCCAUUAGACUGGUGGCAUCAUUUUAGUGAAGAUUUUUCAACACUAGCAAGAAUGGCAUUAUGUUAUUUAAGCAUACAGGGCUCAAGUGUAUCUUCAGAACAGGCAUUUUCUGUAGCUGCAAAUAUGAUAACCAAAAUUCGAUAUAAUUUAAAACCAGAUACUGCAUAUGCUGCUAUAUGUCUUAAAAGCUGGAUUCAGCAA